AUGAGCUUGCUUUUCUCUGAUGCCAGGUGGAGAGACCAGAACAUAAAACUUCUGCAAAAUCUAUCCCAACCUUCUGGCAUUCUAGAAACAUCGGUGCAGCCGAAUUCCCUUCCUCCUGCUGAGGAAGCAUUGACAGUGUUCAACAACUACUUGAAUGGACCCCAUGUCCUAAACCCAUUCCUGCUCCGCCGAGAUGUCCAGAGGCUGUAUCAUUCUGCCUUUUCAACAGGCCGAACCGGUUCUUCCUCACAAACACCGGACCAUCUAACAAAGCACGAUGCUUUUCGUACAUUCAUGAUUCUUGCUGUUGGGUCGGUCAUGUUAUAUCGAUCUGGUGUCCAUAAACACCAUCCUUACGGCUACUUCCUCACGGCAUUGCAGUACAUGGAUACGAAAAUCAUAUCAAGAGGGUUGGAUUCAAUUCAGGAUCUAUUACUCGUCGUGAGGUUCGGGAUCUAUCAUCACAUCGGAACAUCAAUAUGGGAGCUGACCACACUAUGUAUGAGGAUGUGCAUCGAGCAAGGUCUUUAUAAGUUACCUCGACCGAGUAUGAGACGCAAAACUAGUCUUCUGCAAGAACAGUUGCAACGUCGGGUCUUCUGGGAAUGCUACAUUAUUAGCCAAUACAGCUCGAUCACAUUGGAUCGUCCAGCCGCAAUUGCGGAUAGGGAUAUCCAGGUUGGGUUUCCUGCCGACGCUGAUGACGAAGAAAUCGAUGCCGCUGAGGCAUCUGGAUCGUUCCAGGAUCUGGAUGCUUUCUGCAGAGCCACUACAAGGCCUAGUACGACCGGGAACACCGAAAUGACAGUGUUUUUCUAUUGCCUGCGGCUGCGGAAAAUCACUUCGAAGAUCCGGACCAAGUUCCAACAUGGCAGUGGGGCUCUCAGCAGUGUUGGGCAUGCGUCGACAAUGGACUCAAUCACAGCGAGUGGGCGGAUCUAUGCAGAUCUAGAAGAGUUACUAUCGGAGCUCGAGCAGUGGCGGCAAUCGGCACCCGUGUUCCCUAAUCCACAAGGCUUAUACCACACCCAAGAAUGGUAUGAUCUGUUGUUAAUGAGGGAAAGGCUUCUUCUCGUGCGCAAGGCCAUUGACCUGGUGCCGAAGCGGAACAAUAUCCCACCAGGCGAUCUCCUUUUGAUCUGUCUUGAUUAUGCCGUGGGCACUAUCACGAAGUUUUGCUCUUUGUUCGACCAAAGAAAGAUUACCUACACUCGGAGCUACUUCCAAAUGCUGUUCACUGCCGGGCUCUCGGUGAUGCUCUGGGUAUCGGUGGCAAGCGACCAUGACACCGAGACGAUGGUGAAAGCGGCAGACGCGGUAAAACAGAGCGAAAAAACAUUGAAACAGAUGGGACGUGAGAUGCCAGAUGCGACUCCUUACGUGUCUGUCUACGAGGCUUUACAAGUGCAUAUAUUAGGGAAAUACGAUGUCGCAUCCGGGACAAUGCAGCAAACGGGAGGAUAUCUCGGGCAGACACAACCCCAUCAUCCUGUAGGGCCGGGGUUGAGUGGUAUGCUGCAUGAUCCCAGUAUGGCAGGUGAACAUCAUUCUGUCCAACAAAAUCAAUCGCAGACUGGGGGAAUACGCGUAUGGAGAUCCGAUGUUUCUUUUCUCGGGUAUAGCAGAUGACAAUGCAUAAUAUGUACAUAGAACAAACAAUGGGUUUACAACUGUUUCCCUUCUCUAAGGCUCCUUCUGUAAGCGCUCACUAAUAUCAGUGUAGUUCUUGCUCAUCUGCUUCAGACCUGCUUGCAGCAUAGACGCAUCCUGGCCACUCAAUGACCAAGUUGCUCCCAUCUUGAACCACUUCUCUAGGAUGUCUAGUCGCCCGCCAAUACCCCCGAUACCGACAGGCUUGCCAGCC